AAACAGUACCUACUCACUUAUAUUGUACCUGUCUGAAAUUCUUUUUUGAGCCCUGUUCAUCCAUAUUCACUGAUUGUUCUCUUCUCCCCGAUUUAAUUCCAUCGUCUGUCACUAGGUAGGUAAUAGGCGUCAAAGUAUUACAUUUCCAAAAAUUUCUCCUAGAUAUUGAUAACCAAAAAUAAGAACUAAUGAAUUACAUUAUGAUCUAUCUGAAAUCAUUUGAGCAGAUGGAUCGAUCGCAGUGGAAUGUUAUCUACUUAGGGGGUCCAUAUUAGUAGAAAUCAUCAACGUUUGAGGGAAAUGUUCGCGCAGCAGGCACACCAUGUCUCUUUACCUAUUGACAAGAACGGAUUAAAAGACUCCUCAAUAAUGCUGUCAUUAUCGCAAGUGAUCUUUGUUUGACACAAUUUUGCUUAGUUUUUCUGCUGAUUUUUUUAUUUAGAAUGUAGGCAAAAAUAUGAAGCUUUUUAUUGGAUUUGUGAUAAUAGUCACCAGCACUGGUGCUGUCUUAUCCUUCUCGUCUGUGAAAGCGGUCAUUUUUGACAUGGAUGGUCUUCUACUAGACUCAGAAGAGGUAUAUUUCAAGGCACACUCAGAUGUUUGCGAGAGGUUCACUAAAACUUACACGAAGGAAGUUAAAAUUAAAGUAAUGGGUACACAACCAAAUCUUUCAGCUAAAACUAUAGUGGAUACAUUAAACAUAAACAGCACACCGGAGGCUUAUCGAGCUGAAUACGAAAAAUUAAUCAGUCAGCGAUUAAUUUCGAUAGAUUUUAUGCCAGGUGCUCAGAAAGUUAUAAGGCAUCUUACCUCCCAUCGCAUUCCAAUAGCUCUUGCAACAAGUAACACCGCACCAUUUUACGAAUUGGCAACUAUGCAUCAUAAGCCCGUAUUCAACCUUUUUGAGCAUAUUGUUAUUGGGGGAAGUGAUCCUGAAGUUAAAAACGGGAAGCCUGCACCUGACAUAUUUUUAAUUUGUGCGAAACGUUUCAAAGAUCCUCCAAAGGCAGAGAAGGUGCUUGUGUUUGAGGAUGCUCCUCAAGGCGUGCUCGCGGCUAGACGAGCCGGAAUGCAAGUUGUGAUGGUGCCGGAUCCUACUUUGCCAGGAGAAUAUCAAGUUAAUGCAACCAAGGUUAUUCCCACGCUGAAAGAUUUUAUACCAGAAGAAUUUGGCUUACCCCCUUACUGAUAUUGUGGCAAUAAUUAACAAAGAAAAAAUUUCAAACAGUAUGAGUGCAUGGCUCUAUGAACCUUUACAUCUAGAAGGAAGGCUGGCUAACUUUGUCGAUAGAUUUUAAAAUUUGGAAAAAAGAAAAGUAGAGAUGAGCAUGUCUCUAAAGUAGUCAUGAACAAACCAGAUAAAACUCUUUAUAUUCUACGGGACUUUUUAAUGAUGGAUACAACAUUGAAAGAUCAUUCAGAUCCCACCUAUUGGAAAUUGUCAACUCAUUAUAGGAUAAGAGAGAUUUUUUUUGGUUGAAAAGCUCUUUUCCGUUAGCACCUAAACAAAUUGUGAUUUUUUUUUUUUUCAUUUUACUUAAAAUGAAAAGAAAAGUGGUAUUACUAGUAUACAAUAAAAUCCUAGGUUUAUACCUGAAUUAAAUAAAUUAUGCCCAGUUACAGCGCGUAUACUGGCUGUAGAUUUCUUUGAAACUGAAAGAUGUCAAGUGACAUUUUCCUUAAAAAAAAACCUGAGACACUUGUUUCAAGUGAAUUCGUUUCGCUCAAAUCCGUCAGAGGACAUUCUAAUGGCAUGAUGACAUGUUUUAAUGAUUGCCGAUGGCACUAGAGUCGAAACUAUAGUUUAAAUUCAUUUCGACACAUUCAUCGACAGUACAGUUAAAUGUGCAAAUAAUGUUUUUAAUUGUAUGUAAUAUGUAAUUGUAUGUGUUACAGUAACUUGUAAGCAAACCGUUUAAGAGAAAACUUUUUUCGUGUGCCAAUCUAUCGAUUUUCCAUUGAAUGUAUACUGAAAUAUAUAAGUAAAUUUAAAGGGCAGUGUCUUUUUGAUAAGAUUUUUCACAAGUUUCCUCAAAUAUUGGUGUCUUAAAAAGUAUAGAGCUGAGCUCUGUGGACGACGUUGAUUUUAUUUUGUUUAGUGUUUAAUUAUCAAUUGUAGUCUUAAUGGUAACACGAAAAAUUCGUGACUCCAACUAUUUUGACUCACAAAUAAUGGUGCUGCAUAUGCGAUCAAAUGAAGGGACUUUGAGAGAUUGCGGUGAUCUUCAACAAAGCAGUCAUUUAGAGUGCUCGCGGAGGGAGAGUUUGUCCAUUUGUAACUCCCUUUUUUAUUGAUCGCAGGAAAUAGGCUAAUACGGUAUUAGCGGCCGUAAGUAAUUAUUGUAAAUUUGAAAAUUUUACUGAAUUGUAUCGGCAGCUAAAGAAAAUUUAGUGAAAAAGCAUAAUUUACGUGAAGCGUGAAAAGCUAUUUUAGUAUUUAUUCCCAUUAGUAAAUUUCGUCUAAAUUUCCAAAAGUUGUCUUUCCUCCGAUAAAAUAUUAAUUUUUGAGAAGAGUUAUGCAUAUUCUCUCUCAAAAUUUUUAGAUAUUAUGGAUGAAAUGGUGAAUGAAAUUCCGUGAAAAAUCGGGAUAAAAAUAUCCACAUGUUUUUCAGUAAAUUAACAUUUUAUCUUUGGAAAUUUGGCAAAAUCUCUAGGCCCAUACGGCGUUUUCCCUUUACAGCAGAAAGCUGUCAUAAUUCAUGAUACGCAACAUCUGAAAAUCCCAUUAAAAUCCAUACUACCCGUAAGAGAGACCAGUAGCGAGGGUCUAAAAUUAUUUUUCUCCCCAUUAUUAUCAACAUACCUCUGACCUAAAAUUACACCAUAAAUUAUAGUACUGAGAUGAAUCCACACAACUCCAAUAAAGAUUAUAUGAACUU